CAAAGAGCUAGAGGACACCAUUUGUGCUGCUAUACAAAAUGAUUCACCAGGAAAUGGAUAUUGACGAGUGGGUUUUCUUGCCUGAUGACAGAUUCCUCGACAUCAAGCAAGAUUCCGAGAAACAAAUCCAGGGAGAAAAACGAGUUUCUGAUACGAAUCUUGUUUUCCUCGCGGAUUAUUUCAACAAAGAAGAGCCUCCCCCACAUAAACAACUUGUCCCGGUUCCAUUUCCAUUAGAACCGAGAAUCCUCAAGGUUCCAGAAAAUGAUCAGGGGAAGAUCGUCGAGAAGAUCAAUGAUGCCGGUGCCGAAUCGGUCGAAGGCGAUCGAGAAGUGAAGACACAGGUUUCGUUCAGGAAACCGAGUUACAACAACGAAUCCGUCGACAUGACCAACAAAAUGGACUCACCGAGGUCCACUACUAAAGGAGCCAUCCCUCAACUCGAUGCAGCAGGUACGUUUAAUUUUGAUGAAGAAGAUGAUGAAUUUUUGCAGAACAUAAGUUCUCCUAGAUUGAGGGAUUCGUUCGAAAAGAAAGCCGGAGCCAACUGGGAAGAAAACUCCGGUCCCGGUGAUCUCUGGAAAUGGAGCCUGACCGGGAUCGGAGCAAUCUGUUCGUUCGGUGUCGCUGCUGCUACCUUUUGUAUCAUCAUCUUCGGAACUCAACAGAGGCAAAAACAACACCAGCAGAACCAGAAACUGCUGUUCCAGCGUUACACCGAUGACAAGAGGAUGAAACAAGUGGUUCAUCAUACGACAAAACUCAAUGAAGCAAUCUCAGCAGUUAGAGGGGUUCCCGUCACCAGAGCUCACAUAACAUUUGGUGGUUACUAUGAUGGUAUUUGAAGCUAUUGUCUCCCGGAGAAUUUGGACUUGAUGUUAGUGAAAUGUCUACAAGUUCAACACUUACUAAAGUAUGUAUAUGAUCAAAUUCAGGAAUAUUUGAGGGAAGUAAAUGUAGUAAUAUUUUUAUUAUAUA